AGCUAUUAGCAGAGUGACACAGCUGCCUAACAGGACCAGUGGCAAUAUUCCCCAAACCUGUGGAAUACUCGUCUGUCUAUCUGACCAGAAAAAGAAGAGCUUUCACAUCCAAGUGAGAAUUACAGGAGGAAAAAUGAAACUCAUCUUCCAGGCCUUCCUCUAUUGCUGCCUGGUGGCCACGGCAGCACACUGUGCGCAACCUGAAGUGAAUCCCAAGUUAAAAAAGAGGCUAAGCAUAUGGCUCGGGAGCAGACUCAGACGGGAUCUAGAGAGCAAGACGGCAAACUCUGAGCACAUUGUCCGACAAGAGGACAUCAGGGAUACCAUGCUGCCACAUUCCAGCACUGAACCCCAUGUGCGAACCAAGAGGUCCAAAAAUUCUGCCAACCAGUCAAGAAGACAGGGUUGUUAUCUGGGGACCUGCUCAGUGCACGACCUGGCGCACCGUCUGCACACUCUCAACAACACGCUAAGGUUUGGCACCGCCCCCCCUGUCAAGAUCAGCCCCCAAGGAUAUGGCCGCAGACGUCGCUCACUACCAGACCAUAGAGUCGCGCUGAGGAUGGAGCAGGGCAGGCUCAGGCCUGUGUGGAGAACCACUGCCUCCCAGGUCCAUAAGCUUGAGGCUCUGCUCAGGCAAACAUGAAUGGGACUUUGCAAGAAAGAAGAAUAAAAGCCAAGGGGGACUAAGAGUUAGCGUACUCUCGGCUCUGUUCUCAAAUUCUCUGAAUGCCUCCGAUUUGCCAAGUAUUCUCCAGCGUUUUUCCAGGUCUGGGGACCAGGUCAGAGUGAGACUGGCUGCACUGAGUUUCUUAAAGCGCUGCACCUCGUUGUUCGGUGAUGUGGAGCGAGCGAACAACUGUAAAACACUGGAUAGAACAGCGUGGAGCAACUACAGGUGCUGCUCUCCGCUUGGCAGGGGGUGACUCCAAGAGUGUUGAUUUCUAGCCAAGUGAGUGGACUGACCCUCUGGUGUAAAAGAGUGAACACUCACAAUUCCUCCUCCACUUUGAUAAGUGCUAUCCUGCAAGGAUAAAAAAGCUGUGAGCGCUUUUCCAUUUGGACUCUGAUGAACGAUCUGGAGAAGAUGAUGUGCGUCACAAUGCCAAACGAGGGGAUGAACACUCUCAGCCUAUAUUAAGUUUUGGGCACUGUAUAAAGGAAAAUAAAUGCCUUCAAUUCUGUGAGUUAUGUGCCAGUCCACAAUGGAUUGAAAUAUACUUGAAGUUGUUAUUUGUACAAAAAGAAAAAACACACCCCUGUGCAAUCUUUACAUAUUUUUUUAUUGGAGAUACUGUAUAUGUAUAUAGGAAUUCAUUUAUUUAAUAUUAUAUAGAACGUUCAUCUAAAUACGCAUAAAACUAUUUUUGUACAGAAAGAAAUAUACGGUAUAUGGGCAUUAUAUUCUUUUGCAGACUGUGGUAAUAGGAUAACUGUUUUGUUUGGUAUAUUAUACUAUAUUUGUAACUGUUCUUUAUUUUAUU